CUCCCUCGUGGCCGACCCGCCGACAUGGCGCACUACAACUUCAAGAAGAUCACGGUGGUGCCGUCCGCCAAGGACUUUAUUGGCCUGACAUUAUCGAAGACGCAACGGAAGACUCCAACGGUCAUUCAUAAACAUUACCAAAUUCUUCGCAUUAGACAUUUUUACAUGAGAAAAGUCAAAUUUACUCAACAGAAUUACCAUGACAGACUGUCACAGAUUUUAAUGGACUUCCCCAAAUUGGAUGAUAUCCAUCCAUUUUAUGCUGAUUUGAUGAACAUUCUCUAUGAUAAAGAUCAUUACAAGUUGGCUCUGGGACAAAUAAAUAUUGCCAAGAAUUUAGUGGACAAUGUUGCUAAAGAUUAUGUGCGGCUUAUGAAAUAUGGAGACUCCCUCUACCGUUGCGAGCAGCUGAAGCGUGCCGCCCUGGGGCGAAUGUGCACUAUUAUCAAAAGACAGAAACAGAGUUUGCAGUAUUUGGAACAAGUGCGUCAGCACCUGUCUCGUCUGCCAACUAUUGAUCCGAACACGAGGACCCUGCUUCUAUGUGGGUACCCGAAUGUCGGCAAGUCCAGCUUCAUCAAUAAGGUGACAAGAGCAGAUGUGGGCCAGCCUUACGCAUUUACCACCAAAUCUCUGUUUGUUGGACACAUGGAUUAUAAGUAUCUGCGCUGGCAGGUUGUAGAUACCCCGGGGAUUUUGGACCACCCUUUGGAGGAUCGGAACACAAUUGAAAUGCAGGCCAUCACGGCCCUGGCCCAUCUGCGUGCUGCGGUGCUGUAUGUGAUAGACUUGUCUGAGCAGUGUGGGCACGGGCUGCAGGCGCAGCUGGAGCUCUUCCAGAACACCAGACCUCUCUUUGUCAACAAGCCUCUUAUAGUUGUAGCAAACAAAUGUGAUGUGAAGGGAAUCGCUGAGCUUCCAGAAGAGGACCAGAAAAUAUUGACAGAUUGGCAGGCUGAAGGAUUUCCUGUGACAGAGACCAGCACCCUGACGGAGGAAGGGGUUAUCAAAGUGAAAACAGAGGCUUGUGACAGGCUCUUGGCUCAUCGAGUUGAAACCAAAAUGAAAGGAAAUAAAGUCAAUGAGGUGCUGAACAGAUUGCAUUUGGCUAUGCCAAACGAAAGAGAGGAUAAGGAGAGACCCCUCAUCCCAGAAGGAGUGGUGGCACGCCGGAAGAGAAUGGAGAUUGGGGAGGCUCAAAGGAAGAGGGAACGAGAUAUUGAACUGGAACUGGGAGAUGAUUAUAUUUUGGAUCUUCAAAAGUAUUGGGACAUAAUGAAUUCAUCUGAAAAGUAUGAGAAGAUACCUGAGAUCUGGGAAGGCCAUAAUGUAGCUGAUUACAUUGAUCCUGACAUCAUGCAGAAAUUGGAAGAAUUAGAAAAAGAAGAAGAGCUAAGAACAGCUGCUGGAGAGUACGACAGUGAAUCAGAAAGUGAAGAUGAAGAAAUGGUGGAAAUCCGACAGCUGGCAAAAGAAAUCAGAGAAAAAAGGAAGUUGAAAAUUCUGCAAUCCAAAGAGAAGGACAUACAGGGACCCAGAAUGCCACGAACUGCUAAGAAGAUUCAGCGGAAAGUCUUGGAGAAUGAGAUGCGCAGUCUUGGUGUUGACAUGGAUGAUAAUGACAACGCCCAUUAUGCAGCCCAAGCCAGAAGGUCUCAGAGUGUCACUAGGAAAAGGAAGCGGGAAGAUGUCCCGCCCACAUCUCUUGCCCGGAGUCGCAGUUGCUCUCAAACUCCACAUGAUGUGUCUGGUCUUCGGGAUGUCAAGAUGGUGAAGAAAGCCAAGACUAUGAUGAAGAAUGCUCAGAAGAAGAUGGAUCGCUUGGGGAAGAAAGGGGAGGCAGACAGGCAUGUGUUUGAUAUGAAGCCCAAGCACUUACUCUCUUGAAAGAGGAAAGCUGGUAAAAAGGACAGGAGACAGUGUCCUUCUCAGCUGAGCCGUUUGGCGGGACUGUUGUUUGUUUCUGGUUUGAUACGGUAUGGUCUCACAGAAUUGGAGUCAUGA